CCACAAGGAAAUUUAUUUUGAAUUGAAAGAAAUAAGCCCAUUUCGAAAAAGUAAGGUAGAAAACAAUGCUUUUAUAAAAGGUAAUUCUUCAUAGAAAAUUUAUUUACUAGGAACGAUCCAAGAAUGGCCGGACCAUCCAACACCAGCGUGAGAAACUCCAACUAUUCAGAGCUAUUAAUCGAACAGUUUGAAUUAGAGGAAUUUCUCAGAGACGAUGUUGCUGUUGUGGUUUACUUAAUCUUCCUAUGUGUUGUGGGAACGAUUGGUAAUGGACAUGCUUUCAUUGUCUACCAAGUCAGGUACAAACCCUCUAACCACCGGGUGUUCGUCGUACGGCUGGCCGCCAUUGACUUUGUUGCGUGUGCAGUCUGUGUGCCGUUUGAAAUCGUAGACAUAAGACAAGGGUAUACGUUUGACUCGGUUGUCGCGUGUAAAUGCUUUCGAUUUUUAAAUCAUGUGGUCAGUAUCGCAUCAGGACUGAUGCUGUGCCUAAUAGCUGUGGAGAGGUAUAGAAAAGCGUGUUGUCCGUUUAAAAGACAGAUGUCUGAAGGAGAGACAAAGAUCGCCUGCAUGGUCACUGUUGGAAUUUCAAUAUUUCUGUCAACAGCUUCUAUUUAUUUGUAUGACGUGACGCUAAAAUUUACAGAUAUUCCGAAUCUUUCGGGAACAGAUUGUACUGUUGGAGCCAGCGAGACCCAGCAAUCGUUCUUCCAGGAAAGAGUUUAUACAACCAAAUGAAGUUUCGUCAGUCAGCUCAGUUCAAAGAUAUUCAGAAGACACUAGACAGAGACAUUGAAAAUAAAGUAUUGGAUAAACCGGAUGCAGGCGAUUUGCAUCAGAUUCACGAAGAAGAAUCUAGCAUUUAUUCGGUGAAAAACAU